UCCUCAAACUGUGUGCAGUUAACGCUAGUAAGGGUAAGAUUGGGGUACCAAAACGCCAAGCAUAGCCCCAAUUUGUUAACCUAGUGAAGCUUGUUGGUCGGGCACGGUUAUACGGUACAUGGGAGAAAGACGUGCCUGACAGUCUAAUCUGUGGCGAGAAGGACUCAGGCAAGGCCCAGUGACGCCACCAGAGGGCAGACUUUCUUUCUUUCUUCUUCUCAGCAUAACAAAUCACUUUACCUUCACAUGGACUUAACAGUUUUUCGUUACUGUAUCGUUUUCAAAUGUAUUAUCCUAUUGUAAUGGCAGUUUUCACACAGAAUACCCCGAGUCAAUUAAUAAGACAGCUUAAUCUUUAAUGAUAUAACUUAAGUUAUAUAACUUAGCUUUAUUGAAUAUACUUCUGGUUGAAUUAACUUGAUUUCUCCUCUUGUGUGCUGUGUGCUGUGUGUUGGAGGGGGUGGAAAAAAAACCCUUCAAACAAAUAGGAAAGCGCGUGACUCCUUGUGGCAGUCUUAAACGCACGAGCUGGCGCCCCUUCAUAACCACGUGCGUGUGCUCGCUACGUGUUUUCUCCGGCGCUGACACACAACGGAGGCGCGUUCACGUGUUCGCCACCGGCUCCUGCGCUGCGAGAGAGAGAGAGAGAGAGAGAGAGCGAGAGAGCAUCACCAAAACACUGGCAUACAGCGUCCUCUGGCCGGAUAUCGAGAGAGGACAACAGGGAAUUCAGAGGUUAAAUUAAAAACAACAACAAAGGAGGACACGGGAGGCUGUGCGCCGGGGAGAGACUCGAGCAUCCAUCCUCGCAGCAGCAGCAGCAGCAGCUCGUGAUACCGUUUGUAGUAGCAGGAGCAGAUUCGGGGAUUGUCCGUGUCGGUUGCCCGGUGCUCCACACACCCUGUGCCUUUGAAGCAGCAGCGGGGAGGAGGGGAGGACCAGAGAGGAGGCUGUGCAGAGAGGAGGAGGAGGAGGACCAUGGAGGGGAUGCAGGCAUACGGAGCCGGGAAAGCCGGAGGAGCCUUCGACCCCGUCACCUUCUUCCAGCAGCCUCAGACCAUUCUCCGCAUAGUGUCUUGGCUUUUCUCCAUCGUGAUCUUCGGCUGCAUUGCCAACGAGGGCUACAUCAACCGCCCCAAUGAAGUGGAGGAGUAUUGCAUCUUCAACCGCAACCAGAAUGCCUGCAAUUAUGGCGUAGUUAUGGGCUCCAUGGCGUUUCUCUGCUGCAUGGCCUUCCUGGCUCUGGAUGUCUACUUUCCCCAGAUAAGCAGCGUCAAAGACCGUAAGAAGGCAGUGCUGGCUGACAUCGGGUUGUCAGCGUUCUGGUCCUUCAUGUGGUUUGUGGGUUUCUGCUUCUUGGCAAACCAGUGGCAGGUGACCAAGCAUGAGGACAAUCCACUGAGGGAGGGAGGGGACGCUGCCCGGGCAGCCAUUACCUUCUCCUUCUUCUCCAUCUUCACCUGGGGUGCUCAGACUCUCUUCUCUAUGGAGAAAUUAAAGAAUGUGUCGUUUGAAGAGGAAUACACCAAGCUGUUUCCCCCUCAGCCCAAUCAGCCUUUUGUCUGACUCUGCUUUGUCUUCUCCCCGUGCUGCCCUAACCAUCCACAGCUGGUUCUACACACUCCUGUUACUUACUACUGUGGCUGCACUUGUUUAAGUGUGCCCCGUAACAUGAAAUAGUGCUGGAAGUAAGCGUAUAAGAACAGUUGUACCAUCAUUGUUGGCAGUAGGAUAUUGCUUAAUGUUUUUGCCUAUCAUAGUUAGAUAACUUACUUCCUGACUCAAGGACAUUAUAAUGAUAAUGUAUGUGCAGGUAGGUUGAUUCAGUUGUUGAUCAAUAGGCAUGACUCAACAGUUACAUCGCCAAAUGCUGAGAUUUCUGGCCUUAAACACCUACUUAGAUUGCUGUAAUCCGUUUUGGUAUGAAAGCUCCCAGCUUGCUGGAAUUUUAAAAUGCUCCUAACCAAAAACUAAUGUUACAUAUUCAUGUAGAUGUCUUUUUAAAAUUUUGAUAGAACAAGGAGUCAAAAGAUAAAGAAAAGCCUGCAUACUGAAUGUAUCUUUUGGUAUAUUUGGUUAUUCAGUUUUAAGAUGUUGACCACAAAAACUUUUUUGUUCUCCAUCUGCCAUGUGCUUUCUGUUUUGGCCAGUUUUUACUUAAGUCAAAGCAGGCAGGUCAGCAGUGUGUUGCUGAGGUGGGUAGGUGUAUGACCGGCACACACACACUCUUCUCAGCUACCAAACCUGGAGCAUUUAAACAAGUGCAGUCUCAAUUUACAGAGCAGGCCACCACUUCCUCUCAUCAUUAACCUGAAGGUUUACAGAGUGAUUUGUGCUUUGUCUUUUCACUGUAGGGGUUGGAAUUAUUAAGUUUUAUAUGAAACAGCUGUUUAAAACUUGAUUCAUCCGAUCAUUGUAAUGAGUUUUUAUAAAUUUGCAUCACUUAAAACUGGUUUUUAAUUGCCUUAAAGGAAUAGUUUCUGGCCUCUACAUAGCUGAGAUGACUUAUACCACUAUAAUAUGAAGCUUGAGCCGGUAGCUGGUUAUCUUAGUUUAGCAUAAAGACUGAAAACAGGGUUAGACAGCUCGGCUGUCUCUGUCUGGAGUCAACAAAAUCCAUCUACCAGCACCUCUGAAGCUCUCUUGUUAACAAAUUAUAUCUUAUUUGUUCAAUUUAUGCAAAGUAAAGACAACAUUUUGGAGUGUUGUGGGGGGAUAUGUGCCGGACAGUUUCUUGGCCACGAUCAGUUACAUCCCGUAGUGACAGGACUUCAACCAGCUGCUGGCACCAGCCUCAUAUUGGCAGACACUAAAUUAGUAUCAAUCUUCUGUGUAUUUCCCAGAAUGUCAAACUAUUCCUUUGAUUUCUCCAGUUUUGUGUUUUUCUGUAACUCUAUGCACGUCCAUGCUUUCCAAUCUUCAUAACUAUUUUAUUACGUUUAGUAGCUAGAUUAGUUGUUCUUUUUUAUGGCUUUUUGAGAUCGGCUUCGCAGUUUAAGCAGACAGUUUUAAGACAAUUUAAUUGAAGUAUCAAACUGUUUUAUAGCAUAUUCAUAUGAUUUUUAUGGCUUGUAACUGUGCAUGUUAUUGGGUCAUAAAUACAUUUUUAUUACAUGUAUACUAAAUUUAAAUGUUCCACAUCCAUAUUAACACAAAAAAAUCUGAAAUAUUCAGUCAGUAAAUUGUGUUAUUAUUUUCUCAAACAAGAAUAAUAACAACAGUUUCUCUCAAAAUGUAUUGACUUGUUUUCUGCAAUCAACCAACCCAAUAAAAUAUUUGAUGGAGAGUGGUGUAUCAGACUGAAAGACACCAAACCGACAGAUUUGAUCUGUCUGCAACAUCUGAUUGAGCCAAGACACACAAGUAAAUAAAACCCUUGUGAAAGUUCCCAUCACUGAGAGCUUGAAUCAGCUCAGCUCUCUGUGGUUUUCUCUUUUCUCUCUGAGUGUGUUUGUGUGCUCAUGAUGUCUUUGGCUUUUGCCCACUGUUACCUUGAAACAUCUCUAAUUAUCAACAAAAAUGAGAUUUGUGGUAUUUUAUAGUGCAUGGCUUCAGCUGCAUAAUGCACGCAGUUACAGUUUAAUUGCUUGGUCCCUAUCCCACUGUGGACUGGAGUGGUGCUAAGGUGGUGUUUCUCAUUAUGGAGCUCAACAAUGGAUAAAUAGUCUUUUUGCACUACUGCCUAUAGAACUAACGUGCUCUGACUGACUAAAUGAUUCUCUCAUCGUAUCUAAUAAGCUUCACAAGCUUUCCAAGCCAACUAAUCAAUGUUUCCUUUUCUCUCUUUGUUCUCUCUCUUCUCCCAAAACAUCUGCUCUAACACCACUGCAUCUCUGCUUCCCAUUCUAUCCAUUUCUCCACCUUUCACCCAUCUGUUUAUCCUCUUCGCCUCCCUGUCGUCUUCCAUCUGCAAUCCCUCACUCCCCAAGGCGGGCCAGUCCUUCCUGGCCUUCCAGAGGUACAAGCUUGGGGCCGAUUCAGCCCUCUUCUCCCAGGAAUACACGGAUCCCAGCCAAGACGCAGCCGGAGCCCCUUACACCUCCUUCAGUGGGGAUGACCUCGAGAGCCCAGGAGGAGGAGGAGGGGGCCAGCCCAACAGCGAAGGGGCCUUUGAUGGCACCGGUGGCUACCAGCGUCAGGACUACUGAGAUAUUGGGGGGGAAAUCACAUCACUAUCACACUAAAAAUACUGAGUCAAAAUUGACCCAGUUUGGGUCAACAUGGCACCGAUGCAAUACCUGUACCAAUGGGUAGUUUUGACCCAGUGUUAGACACAACAAGCUUAAAGGUAAACUUUUUUCAACCAGCUUUGUGUCAUUAUAACGUGGGUAGUGUAUGCAAAUGAACAAUGUUUACCUUCUUUCCAUGUUGCCUGCACCUACAGCUUCUCAUGCAUUUGCCAGAAGAAGUCUUUUUCCUAUUUUGUCCGUGGAGGCUAGGAUACAAAAAAAGCAUAAGUACAAUCUGUAGUUCGAACAACAGCCCUAGAGCCAUGGAGAGUCAGGUGGACUUUCGCCAGAAAAUGAAGGGGAAGCUCUGGGUGCAGGCAACAUGGAGAGA